AUGUUUGCAAUGUGGCUUUUUCUCUUUGGGAAACAACCUGGGUGGGAAGUGGUCCUGGGAACAAUUUGGUUUGUUACAACUUCAGUACAGGUGUAUUUGACUCCCUUUUCCCUUGUGUUUUCAGGACAAGGAUUUGCAUUUCGGAGAAAACAAAAGAUUGAAAGAAAAUACAGGAAAUUAUUGAAAAAGGAACGAAAGAUCCAUUCACCACAAGAUAAUCAAUUUGUUGAUACUUAUCCAGAACACUUGAAACAUCUUUACCUAGCUGAGGAAGAGAGGCUUAAGAAACAGUACAGGACACCAGAUGAUUCAGUUUUAUCAGAAGAAAAACUUAAUAAAGCAGUGGAGUCAGUUAUAACUGAAGAGAAGUUCAAGAAAAAAACAUCGAAUCAGAAGGCAAAAGAAGAGUAUGAGAAAAUAAAGGCUGAGCGUGCUAAGAAGAAAGAGGAAGCAGAAAAAAGAAGACAACAAAGAGAAGAAGCUCAACGGUUGUACAAGCAAAAGAAAAUGGAAGUUUAUAAAAUCCUGAGUAAGAAGACCAAGAAAGGACAGCCAAAUCUAAACUUACAAAUGGAGUUUCUUCUUCAGAAAAUACAACAAAAUACAUAAACCUCUGGAUAAGUCUUAACGACAGGUUUUGAGUUACCUAUGGACAUUUUAUUAAAUUACUUUUAAUAAAUAAUGUCCUUUUGCUUCUUUU